ACCGAGCAGAGACCGAGUAGACACAGAACCACGAGGAGACACUAAAGAUGAUCCCAGCCACUUUCAAACUCUGUGCAGCCAUCUCCUACCAACACUGCCGGACUUUGUCAGGGGUGAGACACACAGCUGUCGCCGCUCUCGGCCAUGAGCUGAACCUUCUGAGACUCCAGAGCCAGGGACCCAGCGGGUGGGUGAAUCGGGUUCGCCGGAGGAGCUCCAUGCUCAGCAGCAGGCUCGAAGAGAAACUGUUCAGCGAUGCUGAGAUGGCUUACGUUAAACAGGGAGAAGAUGCUUUGCAAAAGUCCCUCUGCAUUUUACAGGAUACCAAUGGCUGGAAGUCUGAGAUUGAAUCCGCAAAUGGUGAUAAAGUGGCCAGUAAAAUCCUUCCCGACCUGGGGAAAGUAUUUAAGCUUGAGAUUGUGUUGGAUAAUUCGUCGGACCUGCUGUACAGAGAGCUCUUCGACAAGAUAGAACAAAUGGGAGAGUGGAACCCGAAUGUCAAGCAAGUCAAGAUACUGAAACGCAUUGGCAACGAAACACUGGUGACUCACGAGAUAGCGGCCGAGACUCCAGGCCACCUGGUGGGGCCACGGGACUUUGUGAGCGUGAGGUACUCCAAAAGGCGAGGCUCCACCUGCUUUCUGGCCGGGAUGUCCACACACUGCGACAUGAUGCCCGAACAGAGAGGCGUUAUCAGGGCAGAGAAUGGACCCACUUGUAUCGUCCUUCGUCCAUCGGCAGAUGAUCCAAACAAGACCAAAUUCACUUGGCUGUUGAGCAUUGACCUAAAGGGUUGGCUGCCAAAGUCUCUCAUCAACCAGGUUCUCUCUCAGACACAAGCGGACUUUGCUGAGCACUUGCGUCACCGAGUCCAGUCCUACAGCCCGGUCCUCAGCUGCUGAAAGCAUUGGCGUCUGACUUAAACCCUCCACCCACUCAAACCCCCUUUUUAUACAAUCUUAUUUAUUUUAAUUCACCCUCUCGUGCGGCGUGAAAAGGCCACUCUGCAAACGCAAGUUGUUGCGGCGUGUUCUGUGAGACGUCUCGAUGACGUAAUAAGGCGCUAUAUCGAAUGCAAGGCUAUUAAUAUUAUUAUUAUUAUUAUAUUAUGCCUAGAAUGCCAACACUCCAUCAGCUCUGCUGUGCGCAAUCGGCUGCCGCGUUUCGCCCACAAAACACACAGUCAGUUCACUUUCCAGUGUAUCCUGUGAAGCGCUUUGAGACGUCUCGAAAAUGUGAUAAGGCGCCGGGUCAAAGGCAAGGAUUAUUAUUGUUGUUAUCUCCCUGACGAUAUACACCCACAGGUCCAUGUCUUCCCUGGUGACGGCCACACCAAGGUGAAGCGUAACAAAUACGAGAAAAGCAAAAGAUCCCGCGACCCAUUCAGGGAAAAAAAUAUGAUUACCUGGGGAAAAUGCCAACCCGAUUCCUGGAGGGAGUCAGCGAGCUGCGAGAUGGAGGAUGGAGACGUCAGGAGCAAUGCUCAAAAGACGUCCAAACCCUCUCUCCCCGCAAUAGACAUCUCACGGCAGAUCAGGCUCUCCUGUCGGUCGGUCGUCCUGGAUCCUUUUUAACCUUAAGAAAAAUCUGUCUCGAUUUCGCUCGAUCGAUGCUCUCGAUCAGACACUGCAACAGAAGUUUUGCAAAGAAUCAAAACAUUGAAGGAGCCUUUCACGUCGGGAGGACGUCCCAAGGCGCCGGACAGUCAGGGAUUUGGAUCCGAGCUGGGGGUUGGGAUCAGGGAGAGGGCGGAGGGAGGGGAGGGUGGGGGUAGGAGGGUGACCGAAGCCAAGAGGAGGGUCUCGAGAUGGGCCUUGAAGGAGGCGAGGGAGGGGGAGAGGCGGAGUGAGUGUGGGGAGUUGUAAAGGGUGGGGGCAGAGAGGCUGAUGGUGGUGCGAGUCGGGCAGAGGACGUGAAGCAAACGUCAAACCACAAUCGAUGCUUUAAUUUACUAUAAACUAGUUUCUGUCCUGGUUACAAAACCGUAACCUCGGUCCAUACUAAUCUCCGAGCCUCAUCUUUACACCCAAAAUAUCCGGCCGUGUUGUGCGGAAUUAAUAUUGAACCCGUAGUCUGCGCGUCCCAGCGACUUAGCUAUUUAUUUAUUGACUGAAUGUAUUUUCCGUUAAGUUGUGUAUUUCGUCACGGCAUUGUUUUAUUUAUUACUAUUUAUUACAAUCAGUUUUAAGUCUGGAAUUCCUGAAAUCGUUUCUCUAACACAUUUUCCCAAGCUGAACCUGGGCUGAUCCGACUGCACAGCUCGAGGUAGAAUAUCAAAUAUCACUGGUUAAUUAAAUGGUCUCUCAGCCACGCACGUCUCUCUCGAUAGUGCAAUUUACUUCAACCAAUAUAUUUCAUCUAAGCAAAACCACCCGCGUUUCUGAAGGUCUCGCGGUUUGGAAUCGUACGGCACCACAUUAUUCUUACAAUAAAAGGUUCAGACACAAA